AUGUUCGGUACCCGUGUCCUGUUCACGCUCCUAUCGACUGCUGUCGCGGUGGCAACCGCCGCGACGGAUUUUUCCAAGCUCCCCGUGUUCUUCUUCCAUGGCGUCCGUGGCAACCACUCCAGUGGUGAUAACUACGUGGCCAAGCUUUCCGCUGAGGGUCGUACUGUGGUGCCGUUAUCCUUCUGCGAGUCGACGUGCUCUCUGGAGGCCAUUGUGCUGCAAGUACCGAAGGCCAUCGCUCAAGUCCGUGAAGUUGUUUCCAACAGCUCGGAAUUCGAUGAUGGCUACAUCUUCAUCGGGCACUCCCAGGGCGGCGCAGUUUCUCGCGCUGUGAUCGAAGAAAUGGAUGACCACAAGGUCAAGCGCUACAUUAGCACGGCUGGUCUCCAGAACGGUCAGUUCAUCGGACCGGACAAGGUGGAAGUUUCGAUUAAAAACGACGCACCGUUCCUUGCUGCGCUGGUCCCUGAGACCAUGUUCAACUACAGUGCGUACGGCCCGGAAGACUUCUACGGCAAGAUGCAGAAGGACUAUGUGCUCUACUCGAUUGAGAAUCCGGAUGCCCAGUACACGUACUCGCAGUUCAACGUCAACCGGUGGCCUCAGUUCGGUAGCUUCUCGACUGCCAACUUCUUCCUUCCGGUCUACAACAAUGUGGACACGAUCGAAGAGAUCGAGACCAAGUUCAUGAAUCUCACCAUCGUCAACAUGAACGAGACUUUGGAAUACACUUCGGAUACCUUUGGUCUGAAGACGUUGGACGAGCGUGGCGGCCUCUUCCUCCACGAGGUCGCUAACGUUUCUCACAGUUGCUGGCGCGGAGACGAUGGCGAUUGCAAGUGGGAGCCCCUAUACAACGACCAUCUUUAUGCCGUGCUGCACUAA